GUUAGCGUUAUGGGACACAGCAGGACAAGAAGGACUAUGACAGACUGAGCCUCUCUCCUACCCCAACACUGACGUUUAUAACUCAUGUGCUUCUCUGUCGACAGCCCAGAUAGCUUAGAGAACAUUCCAGAGAAGUGGACUCCGGAGGUGAAACACUUCUGUCCCAAUGUUCCCAUCAUCGUCGUGGGCAACAAGAAGGACCUGAGGAACGACGAACACACACGCAGGGAGCUGGCCAAGAUGAAACAGGAGCCGGUGAAGUCGGAGGAGGGCAGAGGCAUGGCUAACCGGAUCAGUGCCUACGGCUGCCAGGAGUGCUCAGCUAAGACCAAGGAUGGAGUCAGGGAGGUGUUUGAGAUGGCCACCAGGGCGACGCUACAGGCCAAGAGACGUGGGAAGAAGAACGCCUGUAUGCUGUUAUAGACCCCGGCGAGAAGUUGAUCCCUGGAUACUGAUCUUGGACCAGUUUUACCCUCCCAAAAUAUAUUUGUAAUCAUUAAAGGGAUAGUGUGACGUUUUGGCAAUGACUGGAGGUCUGACAGGGUUCCCCAACUGGUGCCUCGAUUUUAUUUACCCCCCCCCCCCACACAAUUUUUCUGAGCAAAAAUUAAAUACAAGUUUACGUUAUUUUAUUGUUGGACAUAAAGACUGUUAAAAACACCUGCAAAUCAGUUCCAAGUGAUAUUGAUUUUGGAAAUCUAUACCAAAGUAUUCUCACUCGUAAUAGAGAGAUAUAUGUGAUUGUAUACAAAUGUAAGCCAGGUUUGAAAUGAUUGUUUUAGUCAGUGUAUAUAUAUAUAUCUGUUUUGGGAUUCUUGCGGUAAAUUUGCAGUCUACAUAUUAUUUGUAAUUUGUUCCUUACCAUUCGCUCAAGAAAAAAAAUCUUUCCCUGGCUGAAUCUAGUUAAUGAUCUAUGGGAUCAGCUGGCGUUAGCGCAAUCAGCUAACUGAAACCAUAGACCUCCAGUCAUUACGCUAACACUAGUUAUCAAAGGCUCACAGAACUUCAACUUCCUUUAAACUACACUCAGAGACACAACAUGUGUAUCCAUGAGUUCAUCUGACUCUGGGUAAGUAGUUAAAGGGCUUUAAUUGCCAAAAUGGUGCACUAUCCCUUUAAGGGUAGGCUUAAAACUGGUCUCAGAUCUGUGCCUGUGGGUAACGUCCCAUAUUGGCACCCUAUUCCCUAUAUGGUGCACUAUAUAGGGAAUAGGGUUCCAUUUGGAACUGGGGAGGUGAGGGGAUAGGAAGGAUUAAAUGCCCUCGAUCUGAUGCAAUUGGAUAGGUAUCAGAAAGGAAAUCAGACUUUAUUCGUCAUUUCCACAGGAUACAGAAGCGAUUCUAUAUGGAACUACUGUGUGAAAAUAGCUUGACCUGGGUCAUGUUCAUUGGGCACCGAACGGAACAAAACAGACUGAAACAGGGAGGGAUCUACCUGAACUUUUACAAUAAGAAACGCUUUAUUUAUUUUUUCAAUCUUCUAUUGCAAUACAUUUUGUUACGGUGUUUAUUAAUGAAUACAACCCUGAUGGGCUAGGUGGAAAUGUGUCUACGUUGUUGACCGUAUCCAAUCCACUAAUGCCUAGGGGUGAAGGGGCUAAGGGAGCUGGGAAAGAUACCAUGGACCGUGUUUUGAUGUGGAGCUGUGCCAUGAAGCCUAGAGGAGGAAUUGAGAAAGUCGACUGUGGCUUCCUCUCCUGGUCAACCCAGCUGGCCUUAAUUUAAACGUUCUCCUCUCCACUGCUUUUAUGUCACGAUAGACAGGAAGCUGUUAGUUUCUCCUCUCCACUACCUUUAUGUCACGAUAG